ACAGCAAAACAAAACCAGAAAACGAACAAAACCAUAGACAAACGCGAAGCAAAUCUAAAAGGAAGUAAACACGGCGUGAUAAACAGCACACUGUAUUUCUGUGAUAACAUGGGGGUUCAUGGACUUACGAGCUUUGUGGAAGGAAAUCGUCAAUUCUUCACAGAUAUGAGAUUGCGAGACUGUCGCCUUGUGAUUGAUGGGUGUAGCUUGUAUUUUCGAUUGUAUUUCAACUCUGGAUUGGAUCAAGCACGAGGUGGAGACUACGACAUGUUCGCGGAGUUGGUUCGACAGUUUUUUGCAGCACUUUUUGAAUGCAGUGUGCAGCCGUUCGUCGUGAUAGAUGGCGGAAUGGACCAGACGGACAAGAAGUUCAAAACGCUGCAGGAACGAACCCAAAGCAAGAUUCGAGAGGCUCACUCUCUUUCCAAAGGAUCUCGUGGUUGCGUUCUCCCUCUGCUUGUCUGUGAAGUCUUCAAACAGGUCCUUGGCGAGCUUGGCGUGCCCUUAGUGCAGUGCAUUUCCGAAGCUGAUUUUGAGAUAGCCUCUCUUGCCAAACACUGGGGAUGUCCAGUUCUGACUAACGACAGUGACUUCUACAUCUUCGACCUGAUAGGUGGCUACCUACCAUUUUCAUUCUUCCAAUGGAAUAACGUUAGCGGUAAAGCCACAGAACGCUACAUUCCCGCCCAGCGUUACACUGUGAACCGCUUCUGUUCGCAUUUCAACCACAUGAACAAGCAUCUCCUCCCUCUAUUCGCUGUCGUCACUGGGAAUGACUACACACCUGGCAAAAUAACCGAGAUUUUUUUCAGCCGCGUGGAGCUUGAAAGAGUACCAUCUGGUCGGAAGACCGGACAUAGUUCCGGUCCUCGAAUCGGGGGCUUUUUGCUCUGGCUGUCUCAGUUUACCAGCCCAGUAGAUGCUCUGGAGGAAGUUCUGGAGAUUCUGGGUGGACAACAGAAAGGAAACUUGCGUUCGCAGCUCUCUGCGGGAAUGCAGGACUACCAGCUUCCUCAUAAUAGCGGUUUGGCUCAAUACUUCUCAAGUCCUCAACCUGCACUUCCAGAUGCCCAGGGGCUCCCAGCGGCAUUGGUUUAUCGGCCAGAGUGGCUUUUAAGGAUGGUUGCAUCAGGUAAGCUGUCAUCUUUUGUCUUGGAUGUGCUUGUACUCCAGAAGGUUCUGCUGGUUGUGCAGGUGGAGAAUAGUAACCUGCCUAGCAGUCAUACAACCUCACUGAGUAUCCGAAAGACCAUCUACAGCCUGCUGCUUGAAAAGCCAAGACAGGGCUGUCAAACGCCACAGGCGGUCACCCAGAGAGGAAGAGGAAGGGGAAGAGGAGACCUAAACAGACAAUCUCAGGCUAAAGGAGGGCAACAGUGUGACACCCCAUGCGUUGACGAGUAUGACAGACAUGAACUGAUUCUAAAGAAAAACUCAGUGGAGGUUGACCGACCCAACUCUGUGUCACAGCUGAAUCUUGCCACUAUUGACAAGGCGUCUGCACAACUGAAGCUGCAGGUGUUGAUGGGAACACUAGGUGUGAUGGACCACAUUUUACAGCCGUUACCCCCUCACCUCUGCCUUCCAGUGUGUGUGACUUAUUUCUGGAUGAAUAACUGUAAACCAAAGCCCAGUCACCCUCUAUUUCAGGCCAUAUUGCUGGGAAUGGUGUAUGGAGAACUCAGCUGGAGAAGGGCCCAUCCUAAUGACCCACUGUUUGGCAGCAAAGCUUCUGCUUCUGUAUGUCAGCGAUUAUCUCAGCUGAGGGUCAUUCCAGGACAAAGGAGGGGCCUAGAUAUAGGUGUAGCCCAUUUGCUCAGCCAAUGGCAGUCCUGCAUGUGGGUGGCGAUGGUCCUGAACCAGUUACUUUGUUUCCCACUACCUGAACCUCAAUGCUCCUGGUAUGGGUUUUCAGUGGUACUCUGCUGCAUGGGCUUGAGGCUGCCAUAAGAGGGGGUCACCAGUGUGAGUCUCUGCUUGCAGGGGACUCUGUUGCUUGGCAGCUCUAUUCCAUCCUGCUAGAGGCGUUGACAGGUCCUGCAGUAUCAGCAGCAAGCAAGGGUAGAGGAGGGGGGCAAAGAGGGAGGAGCCAUGGAGGGAGAGGACGGGGCAAUGGAGGAGGAGGGAGGGGCCACAGAAGCAGAGGAAGCAGAGGAAUGACGUCUUAUGACAGUGCUUUGGACAACAGGUUUGCACUGUUGACCUUUGAUGGCUGUCAGCAGUAGUGGUCUUGAAAUGGAAGAGGAAAAUGAUAGAUUAGAUUUGGGAGAGAAGAAAAAACGAUUUUAGAGAUUGUCUAUAACUACGAUCUUAUGCGGGCUUACACCUUAUUAAUUCAUGAUGUGGCUGAGGAUGUACCUCUUUUCAGAUGAAAGUAGGUUUUACCAACACUUUUUUUUUUUUGUCAUAUGAAAAUAUUUUACUAUGAAAGUUGUUUAUGCACUAAGCUUACUUGCACUGAAACUAUUUUGCAGCUAUCGUAAAAAUGAUCUAUUUAAUGUAGCCUUUUAUACUAUUUAAUUAAAUGAACUUUUAU